CCUUGGCGCCGUUUCCGUUCCCCACUGACCACAUUUCACGUAUACAUCAGCCAGCCGUUCCGCGUUCUUUGGUCCCCUCACCUCGAUACGCGCGGAUAGUUCUACGACAAAACAUCAGCGAAUGAUGUAAUCGGACGUCACCGGUCUAUUUCGGUCUAUUUCGCUUAAUCUACUCGAUGCCGCGACGCAGUGCGUUCCCGUGUUUGUACACAGAUCAACGACGCUGAGGAGAAGACCGGUAAACGCAACAGCCGGGAAUCCGGCUCUGACAGGUCGACGGACAGCUGGGCGGGUCGGGAUCGUACGCCCCCCGGAGUGCGUCAGACGGCACACACUUCUCGGGGAUGACGUAACUCGAAAAGAGAGCUCGGGUGAGUCAAGGUUUCAAGGUUAUGUCCGCCGUGCGACGGUAGUGAACGCUCGCCGUCGCGACGAGCUCCUGUGGAAGACGUCGACGUCGUCGUCGUCGUCGUUGUCAUCGUCAUCGUCAUCGUCAUCUCGUUGUUUCUGCUCUCGGCCAUAUACAUGAUUACACGUACCAUCUAUGUGGAUUAUUGCGUGUUCUGACGAAAUUAAGAGCUGUAUCAUAGUGUCGCAACACAGAGGAAUUACAAAAUUUGAUUGAGAAAAAACGAAAAGAAAACCGGCAGCAAAAUGGUCUUUGAAUCUAUUGUUGCGGAGCUCCUUAACAAGGUGAUGGGCGAGUACAUUGAGAAUUUGGACUAUACGCAGCUUAAAGUCAGUCUCUGGGGAGGCGAUCUUGUGUUAAAUGAUUUGUUGAUAAAAGAGUCUGCGUUAGAUGUGUUGGAUCUUCCAGUGAAAUUAGAAUAUGGUCGCUUAGGGAAAUUGAUAUUGAAAAUCCCGUUCAAAGAUAUGUGGAACGGUCAGAUUGAUGCGAUAGUCGAGGAACUGUUUAUAUUGGUAGUACCUACAAGUCAAGUUUCGUACAAUGAAGAUAAAGAAACAAAAGCGCAGUAGGAAGCGAAACGAGCCGAACUCGCGAGAGUCGAAAAAAGAAAACAAUUA